GACAUGCAUUGCGUGUCUUUCCAUGGAGCUUCGAGGACCGGGGCCAUUCUGUGCGCAGUAGGACUCGGAGCUGGGGCCCAGGGCCACUCUCUUUUAGGGCUCAUGGCGGACCUGGGCUUGGACAGCCAGGGUGAUCGGUGGGGCAUGGAGGAGGAGAUUGACUACGGGGACGAUCCAUUUGAAUUGCCAGAGACGCUAUUGGCAGAGCAGCCGGCGGGUGAAGAAAAAACGCAUCCUGCGGUAAAGGCCGCAGGCGGGCGGAAUGUGCUUGCAGGAAGUAAGAUUGAUUUGAGUGGUAAAGGUGAGGUGCGAUCGAGGAGGGAUAGAGAUCGGGGGGUGGAUGAUGGGAGGCGGGAUAGAGAGAAUGCUGGGCGAGAAGGAAGAAAAGAAGGGGAGAGGAAAGGGGGGGAGAGGAGGGAAGCGGAGCGACAGGAAGACGAGAGGAGGGAGGGCGAGAGGGAGAGGAGGCAUCGGCAUAAGCACAGGAGCAGACGAGAGGAUCAUGUUCCUCAAGAUGAGCCAGAUCGCAGACCAAAGGCCGCUGAGCCCCGCUCGUUUCCGGAAGACGAAGCUCCCCGCAGCUCAAGAGAAGGCCACAGGAGCAGGCGCUCCCGGGACGAUCCCUCAGGCGACGCUCCUGUGCUGGGGAGGCCAAAUGAGAACUCGGUAGGUCUUCCCCGGGAGCGCGCCCUGUCCCCAAAGGAGAGAAAGGAGUCAGCUUUGGUCGAGUUGAUGGACGAAGUUCGGGAAGAGAGAGAACGGAAGAACCGCAAGGAAGGGGACGUGAACGGGCGCGGCGCGCGGUGGGAUCAGACCGCUGCAGACCGGGGGGGAGAAAGCAAACCGUAUAAGGUGAGCAGAGAGAUUACAGAAGAUAGCAAAAAGGGUUAUGAUAGGGACGAGAGGGGAGGGAGUGCUCGCUAUGGCAGGUAUGAGGAGCGGGUUGGAUUUGAUGGGGGAAGGGAAGAUGCGAGGAGAGGCGGUAGGUUGUCGCCUGGGGCGGACUAUCACGAGAGGCGGGGUCGGAUGAGCCCCGGGAUGGGGCCGCGAGAUGAGUUUAAGAGAGAGGAUCGUGCGCGUAUUCAUAAGAGGCCAGAGGAGGAUAAGGGAUGGGAGGAUGACAAGCGGUGGGAGGAUAAGAGGGGUGGCGACUUCCGGAGGGAAGAGGGGCGGGGGCCGAAAGAUGAAAGGCGGGUGAGGGGGGAAGACGAGGCCUGGCAAGGGAGGGGAAGGGACGAGAGGCGGCGCGGCCGGGGCGGCGAGAGAGAAGGGGAUCGGGGGGAGUACGAUGAUAGAAGAUGGGGCAAUAAGGAGGACGACAAACUGGGGGGCCAUAGGAGAGACGAAGGGAGAGGUUUUAGGGAGGAUGAGGCAGGGUAUCACAAUGGAAAGGGGCGGCCUGACUUUCGGGGAGAGCACUUCCGUGGCAGGGGGCCGUUCAGGCAGGAGGAAGACCCCCCCCGAAGGGGCGCAGGGGACAGUCUGCGGAGCCCGGGGGGGGAAAGGUCCCCUCCUCGGCGAGAGUACAAUGAGCCAGGCACAGAUCGCGGGUUCGAUCGAAAAGCGCCCCCCGAAGCGAAACGGCGGUCUGUUUCACCUCCACCAAAACGGAGAGCCAGAACCCCGACCUUGGAGGGUUCAAUUGCUGGCGAGGGGGGGCGAAGGCAGGAAGGUCUUGAGCCCAGCCCCCGGUCGAGAAAAGUGCACAGAGAGGCGACUUUUGACAACGGGGUUCCAGCGGACGAGGUCCCCCCUCGGCGGAGCCGGAAACGGUCGCUCAGCCCCCCUCCCAAAUCAAGAAGUGCGCGGGACGGGAGUGUCAGAGAUGGGGACCGGCACCGUUCCGUGUCGCGCGACCACGCGAGCACCCGGGGCAACGUGGACGAUUUCGAGUACGAGAGGGAGAGGCGGCGGGCGCGUCGGGGUGAUACCGAGGAGCGCGAGUCCAAAGCGCCCCCCCGUUCUCCAAUCGAUGACCACAGGGGGCCCCGUUUCGAGCCUGGGAGAAGCCCAAUCCGGCCCCCCAUCCAGCUCCAGGGGGGUCCUCCAAUUUUCCGGGAAGGACCCGAGGGUGGUUUGCACGAGAAGGGCCGGGGCAGGGGGGGCUUUAUGGGUAUGGACAUGGGACCUCGCUGGCGGGGGGGUGAGUUCCCUCGCGGCAGGGGGGGCGGCUACCCCCCUUUCAGCCCCGGAUUUGCACCCCCCCAAUUCGGGGGCCCUCCGAGACCUUUCCCGAGGCCGGAGUUCGGUCCGGGGCCCUUGCCUUUCGUCCCAAGAGGCCAGUUUCCUGAGGGAGGUUUCGGUCGGGGGGGGUGGCGUGGACCCCCCCGCCACGAAAUGGAGGGCGAUUUGCUGCCGCCGCCAAUGGGUGGUCUUCCUGGACCAGAAUGGGAGCGGCGAGGGGGCCCUUGGGAACGGAACGAGCCUUGGGGGGGGGACCAGCCGAGGCGAGAGUUCCCCCCCCAUUUCGAGAUGGGGGCCGAGCGGAGAGAGGCGGAAGGGGAGGGGCGGCCUGCGAGGAAAGCGCCGGUUGCUGCCAAGGGGGGUGAGCGGAAGGCAGAGGAGAAGGUAGUCCCGGCCCCCCCGAAACGAGAGGGGCGGAAGGGGGGCACUGCAAUGGCGGCGGUGAAAGCGAUGGCGGGGGCAUUGCAGGUUUCGAGGACGCUUGCUGGGGAGGCGCUCUUUGAGGAGUACAAGAAACUGCUGCCGCUGUCGGUGGCUAUGAAGAAGGGGGCUACGAUUGCAGAGAAGAGCGCUGUAAGCCUGGAGGAUGACUCAGACUCGGCGGGCGGAGAGGAGCGCCUGCAGGCCCUGGGGCUGGCUGACGAGCUGCCACGUGGCACCUUUGAGGCGGCCCUGAAGCUGCUCGAAGAUUCGGACGCCCAUGGCGUCGUCCAAGCGUCCGCUGUUGGCUGCUUCGUACUCCCGGAGGCGCUGCGCGACAUCAAACUGGGGCCGAAACCUGCGCUUUCGUUAUUCUCGGAGACAGUCACUGCGAACGGGUUAGCUAAUGGAAAUGAGAUGUUAGACAGGGAAGGGGACAGUCAGAGGGAGAGCGAUGAGAAACCAGGGUCGGGAGCUAAGGAGGUUGGAAAGGGAGAUGAGGGAAAAGGGCCCGAUAAUCCGAAUGCGAAAACUAGGGAGGGUACGGAGGGGUUUGGCAGCCGUGCUAACGGGCAGGUCGAAUCUUUAGGGGAACACGAGACACGAACUUCGAAAGAAGAAAGGCUGGAGGGAGACGAAGAAGAUGUUGAUUACGGUAACCUGGACGUGGGUUUGGAAGACGAGGUGGAUUACGAGAUGGAGGAAGAUGAGGGUUUGGGCGGAGUUAAGCGGACGGGUUCCAAUGGGGUUCCUUUGCUCGAGGAUGAGGGUUUAGACGACGAGGGGAGUGAUCCCGAGCUUGAUAUUGUGCUUGGUCGCAGGAUCGCGUCUUUAAUAGGAGCAGAGAGCCGGUCUAAGGCUGCGAGGGAUGCUAGCAUGAAAUCAGUUGGUAGGACGGAGGAUGAGGAGGGGCCGCAAGAUGAGGACUUUGAGGGUCCGAGAGGCGUGUUAGGAGAUGCAAAGAAAAAAGGGGAGGAGGCAGCAGGAAAAAGUAGCGAGCUCGGUCGUCAAGGGCCCUCCGCUACUGGCGGCGAGUCUGUCCGGAGUACACAGCGACCGAUCGCUUGAUGCGUGUUCUAUUACUUGCUUGCUGGCCAAGGGUUCUCUGUUAUCUGCUUGCUCUCUUUUCUGAUGCCUGCAAUCGCUGAAGGAGUCCUCAUUUGAAUUACACCUGAAAUCUGGUCCGUCCUUCAAUCUUAUGAGCCAAGUAAAGGGGUAAAUACAUCCGAUGGGGUUGUUUGAAGUUUGGCACUAUGGCUAGCAUGCACCUUUCAACGCAUGCCAUACUGAUCAGGAUGGAGCUGUAGUGUUGUGCGCACUGUACGAGCAUCACAUGUACUAGCCGCUGAGCUUAGCCAAAGAUUCGUCUUAUAUAAGAGCAACCUCGAUCGAACCAUUGGACUCGGAUCUCCUUUGACCUCUAGAAUCGAUCUGGCCAGUUGCCGCCAGGCAGCUUCUGUGUGAUUUGACAGGACAGCAAGUUGAAUUUGUAGGCCGCCGAUCAUUUAAGAACUUCCGC